CCGCCCGCCGCACCACAACCAUGCCGACUCCACCAGUGAUAUAGGACAGUGUCGUGAAGUAAUGUGAGGAUGUCCCAGGCCCCUAGCGGGAAGAAGGGCGGGAAGGGCCCCCCGAAGAAGAACGAUGAAGAUAAAACCCAACCGGCCAAACCGGACGACAAAGAUGAAACCUCGUCCAUCAACGGAGAUAAAAACAAGGAUGGAAAUGGAGAUGUGGUGCCAAAGCCCCCGAGUGCGGGGGUUAAUAUACGAGAAGUGGCCGGGAAGAUCCUGGUGUUGGCCCAGAAGGGGGAAUGGUCGGCCGUGGAGCAGACCCUCAAGGUGUUGGAGAAGCUGGUGGCGGCAGGGGGAGAUGACACCGUCUCCGUGCCCAUGGCGGGCAUUCUGGACCCGACGACGGGGAUGACACCGCUGAUGUACGCGGUGAAGGAUAACCGCACCUCCUUCGUGGAGAGACUCAUCGAGCUCGGGUCCGAUGUCGGAGCGAGGAACAACGACAACUACAAUGUUCUGCACAUAUCGGCCAUGUAUGCUCGGGAGGACAUUGUCAAGUUGCUGUUGUCCAAGAGAGGCGUCGAUCCCUUCGCUACGGGUGGGAGUCGCCAGCAGACGGCCGUACACCUGGUCGCUAGCAGACAGACCGGCACAGCCACCAGCAUCCUGCGGGCGCUCCUCACUGCAGCGGGCAAGGACAUCCGCCUGAGGAUAGAUGGGAGGGGGAAGAUCCCGCUGCUGCUGGCGGUGGAGGCCGGCAACCAGAGCAUGGUUCGCGAGCUGCUCAGCGCUCAAACCGCAGAACAACUCAAGGCCUCCACACCAGCCGGCGACACAGCCCUCCACCUCGCCGCUCGGAGACGAGACGUGGACAUGGCCCGUAUUCUCGUCGACUACGGCGCUGCCGUGGACGCGGUCAACGGCGCCGGCCAGACCGCGCUACACAUCGCCGCCGCCGAGGGAGACGAGCCCCUCGUCAAGUACUUCUACGGCGUCAGGGCUAAUGCUGCUAUUGCUGAUAACGAAGACCGAACUCCCAUGCACUUGGCCGCAGAGAACGGUCAUGCAGCCAUCAUCGAACUGUUAGCAGACAAGUUCAAAGCCUCGAUAUUCGAGCGUACUAAAGAUGGCAGCACAUUGAUGCACAUAGCCUCCCUGAACGGCCAUGCCGACUGCGCCAUGAUGUUGUUCAAGAAGGGGGUGUAUCUUCAUAUGCCUAACAAGGAUGGAGCCCGCAGCAUCCACACCGCCGCGCGAUACGGCCACGUGGGCAUCAUCAACACACUGCUACAGAAAGGAGAGAGUGUGGACGUCACCACUAAUGAUAACUACACAGCUCUCCACAUAGCGGUGGAGUCAUGCAAGCCGGCGGUGGUGGAGACGCUGCUGGGUUACGGAGCUGACGUCCACAUACGAGGGGGCAAGCAGAGGGAGACGCCUCUGCACAUCGCAGCCAGGAUUCCUGAUGGUGACAAAUGUGCUCUAAUGUUGUUGAAGUCAGGUGCUGGACCAAACAAAGCAACUGAGGAUGGUAUGACUCCCGUCCACGUGGCCGCUAAGUUCGGGAAUCUCGCCACUCUCACGCUGCUUUUAGACGAUGGAGGGGAUCCAUUGAGGAAAACAAAGACUGGAGAAACGCCACUUCACUUAGCAUGUCGCGGUUGCAAACCUGACGUCGUGAGGCAUUUAAUUGAGUUUGUCAAAGAUCACAAAGGAGAAAGUGUUUCAACUUCAUACAUUGAUGCGGUUGAUGAGGAUGGUGCCAGCGCUUUACAUUAUGCGUGUAAAAUCACAUCAGAAGAAGUCAAAAUAGCAUCAGCUGAUAAACAAGUUGUCAAAUGCUUAAUAGAAAACGGAGCAGAUGUGACGUUAAUUACGAAACAUAACCACGAAACGGCAUUCCACUUUUGUGCUAUAGCGGGUAAUAAUGACGUGAUGACUGAAAUGAUAACGCAUAUGUCUUCCGCUGAUGUAGGGAGAGCGCUUAAUAAACAAAACUCCAUUGGUUGGACGCCACUUCUUAUUGCUUGUCACAGAGGACACAUGGAACUUGUAAACACACUACUUACAAAUCAUGCUAGGGUAGACGUGUUUGAUGUAGAAGGAAGAUCAGCGUUACACUUGGCUGCCGAGCACGGAUACCUGCAGGUUUGCGAUGCAUUACUGACAAAUAAAGCUUUCAUCAAUUCCAAAGCGAGAAACGGCAGAACUGCUCUACAUUUAGCUGCUAUGAAUGGAUACACGCAUUUGGUUAAAUUUUUAAUAAGAGAUCAUAACGCAAUGAUAGAUGUUCUUACUUUGAAAAAACAAACUCCAUUGCACUUAUCAGCAGCCAGUGGACAAAUCGAAGUUUGCAAACUAUUACUCGAACUAGGUGCUAAUAUUGACGCCACAGAUGAAUUAGGUCAAAAACCUAUACAUGCGGCCGCGCAAAAUAAUUAUUCUGAAGUCGUCCAGUUAUUUCUACAGCAGCAUCCUAAUUUGGUUAUGGCUACGACUAGAGAUGGAAACACUUGUGCACAUAUAGCUGCCAUGCAGGGUUCCGUGAAAGUGAUAGAGGAAUUGAUGAAAUUCGACAGAACUGGUGUCAUAUCCGCUCGGAACAAAUUGAAUGAUUCUACUCCUUUACAACUGGCAGCAGAAGGCGGUCAUGCAGAUGUAGUUAGAGUGCUAGUGAGAGCAGGCGCAUCCUGUACCGAUGAGAACAAAGCCGGACUCACGGCUGUUCAUCUUGCGGCAGAACACGGACAUACGAAUGUAUUGGAUGUGAUGCGAUCUACAAAUACACUUCGCAUUUCUAGCAAAAAGUUAGGUCUUACUCCUUUGCACAUAGCUGCUUAUUAUGGACAAGCAGAAACAGUACGUGAGCUGUUAUCCCACGUGCCUGGAACAGUAAAAUCUGAAGCUCCAACAGGCGUGUCUCUUGUGCCCGUAGUUGGCUCAGAAUCUGGUUUAACACCCUUACAUUUGGCGGCAUACAACGGCAAUGAAAAUGUCGUACGCUUGUUACUUAAUUCUUCUGGGGUACAGGUUGAUGCAGCUACCAAUGAAAAUGGUUUCAAUCCACUACACCUGGCCUGCUUUGGUGGACACAUGUCUAUAGUUGGUUUAUUAUUGAGUAGAUCUGCAGAACUAUUACAAAGUACAGAUAGGCACGGAAAAACUGGUCUCCAUAUCGCAUCUACGCAUGGUCACUACCAAAUGGUGGAAGUUUUACUUGGACAAGGGGCAGAAAUAAACGCAACCGAUAAGAAUGGAUGGACCCCGUUACAUUGCGCGUCUAAAGCCGGGUAUUUAAAUGUUGUAAAACUAUUGUGCGAAUCUGGAGCAUCACCAAAAAGUGAAACUAAUUUGAAUUGUGCACCUAUUUGGUUCGCUGCUUCAGAAAAUCAUAACGACGUUCUUGAGUAUUUACUGCACAAGGAACACGAUACUCAGUCACUUAUGGAUGACAAACGAUUUGUGUAUAAUCUAAUGGUGUGCUCGAAAAACCACAAUAAUAUUCCUAUUGAGGAAUUUGUUUUGGUAUCUCCAGCACCCGUAGAUACCGCAGCGAAACUCUCGAAUAUAUACAUCAAUUUAUCUACUAAGGAAAAGGAGCGUGCCAAAGAUCUUAUAGCAGCGGGUAAACAAUGUGAAUCCAUGGCCACUGAAUUGUUAGCAUUAGCGGCUGGAGCCGACUCAGCUGGUCAUAUACUCACCGCAACUGAUAAUAGGAAUGUUGAAUUCUUAGACGUUUUAAUUGAAAAUGAACAGAAAGAAGUUAUAGCCCAUACUGUCGUCCAGAGAUAUCUUCAGGAACUCUGGAGAGGGAGUCUCAAAUGGUCGGGCAUCAAAAUCAUGUUCCUCUUUGUCGCAUUCAUAAUUUGUCCACCAGUUUGGUUGGUGUUUUCUCUUCCAUUAGGCCAUAAAUAUAAUAAGGUUCCAAUAAUUAAGUUCAUGUCUUAUCUAACGUCUCAUAUUUACCUCAUGAUACUGUUAGCUCUAGUAGCCAUAAUGCCUAUUUAUAAUUCAAUAUUUAGAGAUACGUUAGUACCGAGGUGGUAUGAAUGGGUAUUACUCAUUUGGUUGAGUGGUCUUUUACUUUUUGAACUCACAAACCCAAGUGAUAAAUCAGGCCUUGGCUGGAUCAAAAUGGCCGUGUUGUUACUCGGAAUGAUAGGAGUCGCCACUCACGUCAUCGGAUGGAUUAGCGUUAUGUCCAAAUACUGGCCCACUCUUAUGUAUUGUAGAAAUCAAUGUUUUGCAUUAUCUUUUUUACUAGCUUGUGUCCAAAUAUUAGACUUUCUGUCUUUCCAUCAUCUAUUUGGGCCUUGGGCAAUUAUUAUCGGGGAUCUAAUGAAAGACUUAGGUAGGUUCCUUGCAGUCUUAGCUAUAUUCGUAUUUGGAUUUUCAAUGCAUAUUGUGGCUCUUAACCAGCCAUUCAGAAAUAUAGAGAAACCAGCAGAUAUAACUCAUGCAAAACAAAUGAGAAGGAAACUUUUCUCCGACGUGACGAUGCUUCCGCCCAUGUCGUUCGAGCUGCUAUUCUUCGCGGUGUUCGGUCAGACGACUACGGACCAGACGAGGAUACAUCGCGACGAUAACUUACAACCGCAGUGGACCCAGUACUUGUUCAAGGUCGUGUUCGGGACGUACAUGCUGGUGUCUGUGGUGGUUCUGAUCAAUCUGCUCAUUGCUAUGAUGUCAGACACGUACCAGAGGAUCCAGGCUCAAUCUGAUAUAGAAUGGAAAUAUGGCUUGUCCAAAUUGAUCAGAAACAUGCAUCGGACUAAUACUGCGCCCGCGCCCCUUAACUUGGUCACGACUUGGCUCAUGUGGAUUAUUGCCAAGUGCAAAGACCGAAUGAACAAGAAGAAGCGACCGAGCUUAGUGCACAUGAUAGGGCUCCAAAGAGGGGACCAGAUGAGCGCGCGUUCCAAAGCUGGGGCUAAAUGGCUCUCCAAAGUCAAAAGAGGCCAGGUUGUUCCUAAAGAUUCAACUCGACUGUCCGUCGUGCACCUUAGCCCUCUGGGUUCUCAGUUGAGCUUCAACAACACGACGAGAAUAGUAAACGUUGUAGACUGGGAGAUAAUAGCGAAGAAGUACAGGGCUCUGAUGAGAGACGAACCUGAAGAUCUAGUGCCCAAGGAGAACGAAGCAGAAGCUGGUGAUGAUACGUCAGAAGUAAUACCAAACAACGUUGCUGCGGCUCCGCCGUGAACCAAUGUUGACCUCUAUUUGGUUCUAGCAACGUCUGACGGUCAAGUGGAUCAUGCCGUAAAUGUGGCAUUAAAAUAUAAAAAAAAGAAGAAAUGAUCGUAGACAUAAGAUAUGGUAAAGAUAAGAAGCAAAAAAUAUACCCAGGAUUGUGAAUUGUGAUGUAUAUAAAGAAAGUGUAAGGCAUCGUGUUUAAUUAUGGCUCGCUGCUUACAACAUUUAUUUGAUCAUCUGAAUGUUCUAGGAAAAUAAAAAGCGGACCCUGUUACAAAAAAAUUUCAAGUAAUUGAAAAUUCCUUUUAAUCUGACAACAUAGCUGUUUACGAAUCAGGAAUUAAUUAUAGAUAAUUUUUCGAUCUUUGUUUUGGAUCUUUUCUAAUUUUUUUAUGGUUUUUAACGUUUUCUAUUCAUUAUAAUGCCACUUGAUUGGUUUGGUUAAAUCUUAUAUUGAUUCUUUUUUUCAAUACCCAAAUUGUACGUUUUAAUUUUAGAUCAAUGAAAGUCGUAGCCAAAUAUAUGUAGCUUCGUAAAAAGAGAACUUUCUACAUCAGGCGCAUGUCAAUACGUUUAUUAUAUACUAUCCUAUAGAUAUGCGACCCAGGGUUAGAUAUAUGAUCGCAGUGCAUUACGUGAAUCUAACUUCCGAGCCUCCAGAUUGCUUUAAGACUUUUUAAUAUCAUUGUACGGAUAAAAUGUAAAGGCACAAUUGACGGACAUAAUGCUUAUGCAUUUUAUAGUCAAUCUUUAAGUUAAGCAGAAAACUUAAGUGGUAAUCGUGAUUUGUACAUAAAUACACUGAAGAAACGAAAAUUGUGGAACGAAAGAUUCAUAUGAGAUGAAUUAAGUAUCUACUUAUUUUUUUGUUCUGUAAAAAGCAAUAAGAAAGAAUAUUUUGAGACAAAUAAUUAAGAAGUAGGUAGAAUUAAGAAGAAGGAAAAUGUAGAAAAAAAAAUUUAUCACUUAAAUUUGUAACACAGGCCUCUGGUAGGUAAGAAUUUUGAAAUAAGAUAUUUUGUAAUUGAGACAGUUUGUAAGUAAGUAAACUUUGAAGUCGUCAAAAAGUAAUUUUUGUAAAUGAACUUAUCUUUUUGUCUUUAGCGUGGAAAUUAUGUAAAUAAAUGAGAUUUGAAAUAUCAGUCUGUAGUUGUUACACGUUUACUUUCAAUGUUUUGAUAAACAGAAUUUUAGUUUCAGAUUCAUAG